CACGAGGCCUUUCUGGAAGAGCGGAAGAAGGGAAGAAAACAACAACAGCAGCAGCGGCGGCAGCCCUCCCGCGAGGCGACGAUAGCUGACGAGAAAAGACAACACAGCGAUUUAACGACACCCUGUCCGGUAUCACGAAGUACCGGCUGCUCUUGUACGGUUAACACAGCCGUUAUUGUUUACAUUUAACAACAACAUGUCGGGUAUAAUGAGGCUAUUCGGCGGCGGGGGGAAGAGUGGAAAAGCGCCGACACCUCAGGAGGCUAUCCAGAAACUCCGAGAGACCGAGGAGAUGUUGGCCAAAAAACAGGAAUUUCUAGAGAAGAAAGUGGAGCAGGAGCUCUUAACGGCGAAGAAGAACGGCACGAAAAACAAACGAGCGGCUCUGCAGGCCUUGAAAAGGAAGAAGCGCUAUGAGAAGCAGCUGCAUCAGAUCGACGGGACGUUGUCUACCAUUGAAUUCCAGAGGGAGGCGCUAGAGAAUGCCAACACCAACACAGAAGUGCUCAAGAACAUGAGCAUUGCAGCCAAGGCAAUGGAGGCUGCACACCAACACAUGGACAUCAACAAAGUAGACGAACUGAUGGCGGACAUCACAGAACAACAGGAAGUGGCCCAAGAAAUCUCAGAUGUAAUUUCCAGACCGAUUGGUUUCGGAGAAGAGUAUGACGAGGAUGAGCUUAUGGCUGAGCUGGAGGAUCUGGAACAGGAAGAGCUGGAUAAAAAUCUUCUGGAAAUCGAAGGAACAGAGGACGUUCCUCUACCCAGUGUACCAUCUACAUCACUACCAGCUAGACCAGCCAAGAAGAAGGAGGAAGAAGACGAGGAUGACAUGGCGGACCUGGAGGCCUGGGCGGCUAACUAAGCUAGCUUGCCCUGCUAGCUAGCUAGCACCCCUCUCCUGUCUGUCUCUGUGCUAUAAGGCUUCUCCCAGACAUCUGGAAGAGAGACAUGGACUCUGGGCUCCUGGGCUGGCUGCUAGCAUGCUGCUCUGUCGUGAAGGCUAUGUCCCAAUAUCUAACCAUACCCCAACCCCAAAGUAUGCACUUGUGCACAUAUUCACUGACUUAAAAUGAACCAAGGUUUUUCUUCUCUGAUUAAUGUAACAGUAAAAAUCUCUUUGCUCCAGCUGUACACUUAUCUGUUUCUAAAGGGCAGAGACUAUGGAAGGGCAGAUGUCGUGCCCUGACAGCCUGCGUUUAUGUAUUGAAAAAUCUCUUUUUGAGAAAGGCCACUUAUAGGGCAAGAGAGUGCAAGUGCAUACUUCCAGGGAAGGGUGUUUGGAGGAACAGGACGAGGCUUGUUUCUGGGAGCAAUGUGAAGAAUAAACAAAUGUUUGGGAAAAAAAGCGAAAACACAAAGACGAAGAGUCAGCCAUUUUUCUGCUUCCUGCGUUGUCAUCUCUCUGCUCUUCUACAGUGAUGACGACAACCCAUCGUCUUCACCAUCUCUGCUAAAUCUCAGCAGCAGCAAAAAAAAAACAGAUGAAUGAUGAAAAUGUAGGACUUUCUUACUGACGUAUCGCUGUCAAACUACCAAAAAGAUUACGUGUUACAGCAACAUUGUGUAAAGAGAGGAUCCAGGGUUUGAUCCCUCUGUCAGCCAUAUCUCCUACCCAAGUGUCCACAGGCAACUUCUUCAUUUGGCACUCUGGAUCUAAUCAGUUAAAUUCCUAAAAUGCCAUAUGAGGGGGGAAAAGGAGCAUUGUCAAUAGAAAGGGCAUGUUUUCCCAUUACUCAACAUUACAGUGGCACCAGUGCCUGGUUAUAAUCAAUGCCAUCAGUGAGGCUUCCAGUAUGGACUUGGACGCUGAUACUGGAUCCUUUGCAGCUGCUUUUCUCAAGCAGACAUGACUGCCUCAAGCAGUAAUAGUGACUUUUCUUCAGUCUGUGAAUGUUAAUCAUUAGCUAGCAGGCUAAUUUACCAAAGUAAGUGCUUACACCAACAAGCUGAUAAAGCCAACAAGCUUGUACCAUAAACAUGUUUACAGCCAGUUUCAGCCUCUACAGCUAACUUCCCUUUUCAUGAAACCUUCACAGGGGGUGAAUGUUUAUAUAAAUCACCUGUUUAAAUUUUAUUAAGGUUUAAAAGUGCCCAUAUUCAAGGGCAGUGCCACUUUGGGUCACCUCUAACUCCAGAAAUCCAGGAUAGCAACAGCCGAAAUGCCAAGCUCAAGGCUUCAAACAGGAGUCCGCAAACGAAUCGGCGAUGUCAUGGUACUUACAGUCAAUAUUUUUGUACAGGCUAAGCGUGUGACCCUUCAAAACAAGUUGUGGACCUCUAAUAUGGCUGCCAGAGGGCAUAUUACAAACAAGCCCCCAGGAAGUGUGCUAAGCUUUGAAGACGAUUCCGGAUCCGUCACAUGAUGCUGUUGGCAUGAAUGUAUAAAGAGAACUGGAUACAGCGUUGAACGUGGGGCCCUUUUCAUCCCAUGUAAGUUACUCAGUGGUGCAUUAAGCCAGAAAAGAUUAAUUACCGUUUAUAAAGUUAAUAAUGAUCGGCACCGCUUCUACAUGGUGUGGCCCACAAGCUGGCUACUUCCCGUUAAGCGCUCCACUGACUUGAAUGGGGAUAAAAAGAUUUAAUCAUGACAGUGUAAUAACACUGUUUGGCUGCACCAUUAAAUCAUUUCAAUCAUUCAGUCAUUUCUGAUUUAAGUUAGCGGAGUGCUAAACCAGAAGUUAGCCACUUGUCUCGCAAAAGCCUGUAUUGUUUCUGCUGUGUGGGCUCAACCAUGUAGAAGAUCUGGGUAAUUUUACAUUCAGGAAGUCUUUACAGGAGCCCCACCUUCAACGCUGGAUCCAGUGCUCUUUAUACAUCCAUGAUUACAACACGUUGGAAGACUUUAGUUUGUGCCUGACGCCUCCAGCGCCUCAUUUGUCUGUUCAGCAGCGAUGCACUUUGAGAAAGUCCUACAUUUGUUGAACUUAAAGAUAAUGUGUGUGAGUGUGUGUGAUGUUUUUCAGCCUUUUGACACAGUGACCUCUUGUGAAUAUUAAGUCGAAUUAAAAUGGUGAGCUGACGUCUUUUUUUUUUUUUUAAUUUGCUCUUGACUCACCUGUAGUGUGAAACUCAUUCAGACACUGAGACAUACACGGUGGUCUUCAUGAUAAACCUUUGGCUCACUGCCUCAUUACUCAUGACUGUAGCUACACUUCUCUCCUGUCAGCAGACACAUUUAUGCAUGGACGGACUGGAGUCGAUCCACAAGCAAACAGAUGGUUAAGACAGUAAUUUGAACAUGACUGAAGUCUUUAAAGUCCCACUCCAGACACGUUUUGAAGUAUAAAUACUUAAACUAGUAUUUUGUCUAACGUGGUUUUCCCGCAUAAUAAAAACAAUUCUGUUUCCAGUGAAACAUGGCUAGCUUUAGAGAAACCAUUGAAGCGAUUCAGCCAUACAUGUUCGAGCCUCAGUCAGACCGGCUAGCUAGCGGAAAGAAACUCCAGGGUCCAGUUUACAUCUCUACCAUGUCUACUGUCAGAACUUUCACUAUGCUAACUCUGCUCUCUGUACUGCCAGGUCCGCUCUGCGCUGGAGGUUUCAGGUUUCUUUUCCAGAGUUGUGUUGACAUCUGUUCCCCUGACAACGAGAGUUUCCUAUAUUCGACAGCAAUUGGCUUUCGUAUUACUGACACACCUUAUCUAGCUCGCCCGAGCUAUGUUUGAAUGUCAGAUUUUAGGGAAGUGCACAGACAUUGUCCCCUUCAGUAGAAGAACGUGAGGUCAGACAUUUUGGGGCCAUAAACGUAAGAAAAACAUUCUUGAGUGGAGAGGGACUUUAAAUGAAGUCAUUGUAAACACAGUAUGUCCUUAUUUCUAAGCUGAUCGACCCCAGUCCUGAUAUUUAAAGGUAUACUAUGCAGGAAUGCCAGUUACAACAUUCUCUUUUGGCCCCUCCUCCCGACACUGCUUGUACGUACACUCCAAGCUAUUGACAAAGGAAAGCUACAUUUGCAGUAAUGGAAAAGCUGAUACUUAAACAAGCUGACAAAGCUAACCACUGGCACUUAGCCAUACCUCUUCUUCCCCAUCAUCCUUCAGGGCUCACCAGAGGAAAUGAAAGUGAAACCCAAUCACAGAUUCAUCUUGUUUUGGAGCGAGCUCUGUCCACUUCUCCUCACUAUAUUUGCAUUUUUUUUCCCAGCACUUUGUCCACAAUUUCCAUAACUUCCUCUUGGAUAUGUGCUGAUACGACCUGGUUGCUACUAUUUUAUAAAGUCUUCAACUUCCUUGUGUGCUGGUAUUAGCUGGGAGCUGCACCCAGGAACAUCCUGAACACAGAAAGAUAAGAAGAAAACAUGACAAUACAGGGAGAGUGCAGAUAAAAACACCACCACACACCUCUAGUGCGUCAUAAGUGAUGAUCAAGAGGGAUUACUACUUUUGAGGUACAUCCUGCCUAGUAUACCUUUAAAGACACCAUUAAAAAGAAACUUGCGUACGCCAAUAGAGUUUAUUUUCCUUUCUUCUGUUUACCUCAAAUUUCAUAUUCUCUCUGGCUGUACAGAAACAGUGUGACCUGUAGCCGGUUCGCCAUGUCACUCUGUGACUGGGGUUGUGUACAAUAAAACUCGGUGCAAGUAUCA